UUCCCGGAAAUGGAUGAUCUGGCUCAGUCAUCGAAACUGCUCAUUGCCAGGCUACCGAACAUGGGGCUUGGACGUGACAUGCCGACAAAUGCUGUGCUGCGCCGCGUCAUGGUCCAUAUGGCGACCAUAGCUGACUUCCAGGAUUCAGAUCGGCACCCGGCUGCAGAGGAGCCAAAUCUUCACGGUCCACCAGCGCCGGCAUCAAGAGGCUCGACGCCUCGACUGGAGCCAUCACAGAAAAGCCUGUCGAGGUCUGGCACCGAGGUUGGCUUAUUGGGCCCCCUCUCGGAGCCUCUGGCGGGGUGUGUGCUGCUGCCGGGUAGUGACUUCAGGAAGAGCACGCGCAACUCGACGCGGGGAAGCCCGGAAGCAGAAGAUCAGGAUGAUGAAGCUAAGGAGGACGCUAGUGCUGCGGACGGCGAGAACGGCAACUGGUGGACUUCAGAAGACGACGGAGCCAGCAUCCGCUCCUCGGAAAUCAGCUGUCCUCCAUGCGCGCAGCCCCCACAGCCAUGGGUACCACCACCGCCCUCUCUACCGAUCGACGAAGAACGACAACGGCGGCAUGAUGUCGCCGUCCGCACGAUGCUCGAGCCCGACAUGCUCGAGAUGUUCUGUGCAAUCACCCUGAUCCUUGAGCGGCGCCCGGGCUUCUGUAUGCCGCGCUACGACGACGUGUUGCCGCUGCUGGGGCAGAUCUGGCGCGCCGCCGCUCCACGCCAGACGCGCUACGAUGUGAGCGUGCCUUAUGCAGGGGAGCCGGCACAUCUCUCGCCAUUACCCGAACCCGAGCUCCCGAGCGCGUCGAGCAUCGCGUCGCAGGCGUCGUGGGACGCGCUCAGAGUGCCCACGCCUAAUUCCACGCCACCCAGGACAGGCUUAUCGGGCGUGCGUCGCGAUGGGUCGAAUGUGGAGCUACUGAUGCCGUCGCCGCCAUCUAGCCCGAGAGCAGGGCUGUCAAGCGUUUCUCGAGACGACAGGUCCACCACGGUGCGUCCAUUGGACGAGGGUACAAGUGUGUUGAUGGCGCCCGGCACUGGCGAUCAUGAGAGCGAGGGCGUGUCGGUAAUGAGGGCUGGUGAUAGCCCCGUUGAGCCCAGUACGCGGCCCGGCAAACGACGUCAUGGCUCAGAAAACGGCGACGGCGACGGCGACGAGCCAGUAGUGGGCAGGAGGAAGAAAAAGAAGACAGCUGGGCCAUCACCCAAGGUUGAUAAGGGCAAGGGACGGGCGUACAACGACUGAGGGCCAUACGUUCAGGUACUCAUGUCUCUGGGACUGAUCCAGUUUG